CUGCCGCCUUCGAAGUCUCGAUCACUUGUUUUUUUCAUAGUCGAAGUCGUCUUCCACUAAGAUGAACCUCCGCGCCUUCCUCAUCGCCGCCGUCGCUUCCCUAGCUGUAGCCAAUGCUAAAGUCAGCCGAGUCAACCACGAUGAAGUGCAGCCGUUCACCCAACCGCUACCGAUCACCGACUCACAGAAGUCUGCUGUCAAGUACAAACCCCAGCUCCACAUAUCGUAUGGAUGUCACCCGUACCCUGCUGUCGAACCCAACGGCUCUGCUAGUGGCGGUCUCGAAUGGUCUGGACCUGCUGAUGGAGACUGCACGGGCUCCCCACUGGGCUCACAAGUGUACUCUCGUUCGGAUUGGUACAAGAACAAGUGGGCCAUCAUGUACGCUUGGUACUUCCCCAAAGGCCGCUAUGGGCUCACUGGCCACCGUCAUUACUGGGAGUACGUCGUCGUCUGGGCAGACAGCUCUACGUCUACCAACUCAUCAAUCCAGGGCGUGUCCAUGUCUGCGGGUGUCGGUCACGCCAAGGCUACUCCCCCGAUGCUCAAGUACAUUCACGGAUCGAG